AUGCCGUGCCAGGACAUCAAUGUCUGGGGCUCUGGCGUGCUAUUUGAAUUGAACAAGUGUCAGCGUCGAGGGGAAACAGCGUCGAAGCUGUCGUUCGUGCCCCUCCGCACUACUCAGCCCUCUGCUCUGUUGCUGUUGUACAGCAUUUGCAUGUCCUGCCAGUGCGGAGUACGAAGCGACGCUCUCAAAACUCAAAAUAUUAACACUUUAACGCCAAGUUUUUUAUCCGGCUGCCGGAAACAGACAACACAACACAGACACACAAAUACUGAGCCCCUUGGUGGCGGCGGCGGUGGCGGCGGCGGCGGCGGCGUCGGCCAAACGCCAUGUUGGAUUAUUCAGCUCGACGCCAUUUCGCGUCACAAUGCGCGCUAUGGGCUGCCAUCAUUGCACUCGACAGCAAACGGCACAAGGCAGCAGCAACAGCUUGACUAUGACUAGAGCUGUGUGGCUGCAACGUUAGUGGCCCACCCGGCGGAUGAAGUUGCAAUUCAAAGUCAUAAACACGUGGAGCGUGGGCGCAAAGUCUCAGCUAAGCCGCGAAGCAGGCGCUGCCAGUGA